CCAUCUUGCUAUUCCAAAACCAAAUACAGCUGACUGUGAUGACGACCUCGAAGAUCACGAAAAAAUCCAAGACGCCCGCUUCAACCAUCGGUGCCCCAGCGCAGCACAACCAGUCGAGCCGCAAGGGCAAGAAGGCCUGGAGAAAGAAUGUCGAUAUCGAAGAUGUAGAGGAUACACUUGAGGAUAUCCGGGGUGAGGAGCGGUUGUUUGGAACGGCUCUGCACGAGCGCAAAAAUGAAGACUUGUUUGUCGUCGACAAGCAGGGUGACGAUAAAGUCCGAAAAUCACUCCGAAAAUUCUCCAAAACACUGCUCACAUCACACAGAAUACUCUCGCAGCGCUCUGCUGUACCUGCCGUCCUCUCUCGCCCGUCUUCUUCAUCCAAUAAAAAGAAGCCUGGUUCAGUGUCUUACGCCGAAAAAGAGCGUCUUCUCAAGCUAGGGAAGAAGAAUCGUCGUGGGCCACUCAACAGCGCAGUUGACCACGAUCAGGUCGGAGAGGGAAGUGCAUUGAUGGAGGUCACUGAGGCGGUAAAGGAGAGCGGAAAGUAUAACGUGUGGGACGCGGACGAUGUGGAAGAGAAUAAGUCAAAGUUCAAGGCGCCUAAUACGCCACACCCUCGCCAACAAAUCACUAUACCAGCCGUACAAACCCCCCAUCUUGGAACUUCCUACAAUCCCCCCGUCGAAGCCCACUCCGAACUCCUUCGUUCAGCGCACUCCAUUGAAGAGCGCCGAGUCAAGGAACAAGAAACCUCGGAGGAAUUCAAGAGCCGCAUCAUGUCUGCACGGAGAGAGGCUGGUGCCGUCGACGGUGGUGUCGAAGGCAUGUUGGUGGACAAGCCCGGCGAACAAGACGAGGCAGAGCUGGACGCUGAAGGUGAGCCAAUUGUGAAGAAGAUGCCCGCGCGGAAGACGAAGCAGCAGAGGCGGAAGGCAGAAAAGCAGCGUGUCGAGAAACGAGCUCUCGCGGCUCGCGCGCUACGCAGGAAACUCCUAGCAUCAGUCGAUUCGGUGAAGACAUUCCGCAAGGAGGCAGAGAAGACUCUUAGUGCUCGUGAACAAGCUGAAGCUCUCCGUCGUGCACGUCAGCAAGAACAGUUACGCAAGGGGUUGGCCGGGCAGCGGUUGGGAAAGCACAUCGUCAAGGAAGGUGAACUCGAUGUGCAGCUCGGUGAAGACCUCAGUGAGAGCUUGAGAGGGUUGAAGACGGAGGGGAACUUGUUCCGGGACCGCUUCACGAGCAUGCAACACCGUGCACUCAUUGAGCCACGGGUUCCUGUCCUGCCAAAAAAGCGGAGGGGAAAGACAAAGGAGGUCGAAAAGUAUGCAUGGAAGCGAUUCGAGUGAACAUCUUGAUCCAUCUUCGUUUGUCUAGAGCUCCACCGUCAUCUUCCUUGAUCUUCCUGUCGGAACAAUGCCUGUCGUCUCGGGCGUUCCUCCUUUGUAUCCUUGGAUUUGCGCCGUAUUGUCAUUCUGCUUCGGGGAAAUGCAGACCAUCGUGGCUUAUCGUGCCCC